AUGUCGGGUUCCGAGCAACUCAAGGGCCCGGUCGAAACCGUCCCUGGUGAGAGGGUCUCCCUCGAUAGCUAUGGCUCGUCCGUGCGACACAACUCCGAUGGCCUCCAGCGCCGCCUCAAUAACCGUCAAAUCCAACUGAUUGCCAUCGGAGGCACCAUCGGCACCGGUCUGUUCGUCACCAUCGGCGGUGGUCUCGCCAAGGGCGGACCCGGCAGCCUGCUCCUCGCCUAUACCCUAUACGCCUGCGUCGUUGCUCUCGUCAACAACUCCAUCGCCGAGAUGAGCACCUAUAUGCCUGUGUCUGGUGGUUUCAUCCGCCUGGCUGGUGUUUGGGUUGACGAUGCGCUCGGCUUCAUGGUCGGCUGGAACUACUUCAUCUACGAGGCACUGCUUAUUCCUUUCGAAAUCACUGCGCUCAAUCUCGUGUGUUCCUUCUGGAACGAGAAGAUCACAGAGCCGGGUCCGACAGCGGGUUUCUGCAUAGCCAUCAUCAUCGCCUAUGGUCUUCUGAAUGUUGUUGCCGUUGGCAUCUUUGGUGAGGCAGAAUUCUGGCUAUCCGGCGGCAAGGUCCUGCUCAUCUUCAUCCUCUUCCUCUUCACCUUUGUCACAAUGGUGGGAGGAAACCCCGCGCAUGACGCCUACGGAUUCCGAUAUUGGAAAGAGCCUGGCGCGUUUGCGCAAUAUAUGACGCAUGGUGACACCGGUCGCAUGGAAGGCUUCAUGGGUGCUCUGGCCACGGCCACGUUCACCAUUGUCGGCCCAGAAUAUAUCUCCAUGAUCGCCGCCGAGGCGAAGCACCCGAGUCUGUACAUCAAGGGCGCCUUCAAGACCGUCUACCUGCGCUUCGGCCUCUUCUUUGUGGGCGCCGCCCUGACGUGCGGCAUCGUGCUCCCCUACAACGACCCGACCCUCGUCGAGAUCUACCUGGGCACCGGUGGCGGCGGCGGCACCGCGGCGGCGUCCCCGUGGGUCAUGGCCAUGGAGAACCUCAAGAUCCAGGGUCUGCCCCACCUGGUCAACGCCCUGCUCUUCACCACAAUCUUCUCCGCCGGCAACACGUACGUCUACUGCGCGACCCGGUCCCUGUACAGCUUGGCGCUCGACGGCCGCGCCCCGGCCCUGCUCCGAAAGACCACCAAGAACGGCGUGCCCAUCUACUGCUUCGCCGUCACCAUGAUCUUCCCCUUUCUCUCUUUCCUGCAGUGCGGCAGCGGCUCCGCAAAGGUCCUGAGCUGGCUGCUCGCGCUCAUCACCGGCGGCGGCGUCAUCAACUACCUCGUCAUGUCCAUCACCUUUAUCAACUUUUACCACGCGUGCCGAGCCCAGGGCGUCGACCGCAAGCAGCUGCCGUACUGCGGAUACUUCCAGCCCUACGGCGCCUACCUUGCCCUCUUCCUCCAGACCGUCGUCAUCCUCGUCUACGGGUGGUCCGCGUUCCGCCCCGCGUUCGACGUCGGCAACUUCUUUUCCAACUACACGAUGCAGAUCGUCGCGCCUCUCCUGUUCAUCUUCUGGAAGGUCCUGAAGCGCACCCACUGGCUCAAGCCUCACGAGGUGGACUUGACGUGGGACCGUCCCAUCAUCGAGGCCUACGAGCAGCACGCGAUGGUGCACGAACCCCCCACCACCUUCUGGAGAGAGAUGUUGCAGAUGAUUGGAAUUGGUCGCAAUAAGGUGAUCAAGGGCGAGAAGGCAUAA